ACUGCACAUAUUGUGUUACAUUUGAAAUAGCUUUUGCCUAGUUUUGGGCUCCUUUUGGGACUGGCUGGUUUGGAAAAUGAGACCAGGUAACCCUAACCAGCACAAUCUCCACAGCAGAGCAGCAGCAGCAGAAGGGGGAGGAGCCAGCUCGUUCCCAGACAAUACAAUCCCCACACACAUACACGCACUGUAUGAGCAGUAAGACUGCUGCAUCUCUCCAGUAGCCGCCGGAACGCUCUGCACCGCAUUCAUGUCUGUGUCUCUGCACACAGGGCACCGCUUCCCCACCGACUGCAGCAACAGCUUCCAGCUCGGGAGACAAACGCGGCCUCAGCCUCAGAAAGCUGCAUGACCAUUUGCACGGUGUCUUUCGUCUGACGCUAACAGAGGCUAAAGCAAGCAAAUCGAAACAUAAAGAUGGAUUUAUUUUCAGCUCCUUAUUACUGUGUGAUUAAAAGCAGUGGGACAUGGCACUUUGCGUUACCAGGCAACAUUCUUUCAAAAAAAUAAAAGAGGAAGAAAAAUCUGGCAUUUGCAGUAAUGGUCUUUUCAGCAAUGCUUACACCUGGUCAUUCUGCAACCUCAUACAGCACUCACAUCGUUUUUGAAAAUGGUUUCUUUAAAGUAACAUCUCCUCUGCCAUCUCUGAGUGGUAACUUGGAUUCCCCACCAAGAUAUAGUCCAGUUGCCAUGACCACAACUGAGACAACUAUUGUACCACUGAACAUUUCUGCAACUCCAUCAACAAAAGAUUUGUUUGAGACCUUAAGUUUGCCUCUUCAGAUCAUUCUUUCUACUGUAAUGAUAAUUAUCCUGUUGUUGUCAUUUCUUGGAAACUUUGUAGUGUGCCUCAUGGUCUACCAAAAAGCUGCCAUGCGCUCUGCAAUCAACAUUUUACUAGCCAGCUUGGCCUUUGCUGACUUACUGCUUUCAAUCCUGAACAUGCCCUUUGCUUUAAUCACUAUUAUCACCACGGAAUGGAUUUUUGGAGAUGUUUUCUGCAGAGUGUCUGCCAUGUUCUUCUGGUUGUUUGUAAUGGAGGGCGUUGCUAUCUUACUCAUAAUCAGCAUUGACCGAUUUCUUAUUAUAGUCCAAAAACAAGACAAACUAAAUCCAUAUCGGGCAAAGAUUCUCAUAAUGAUAUCAUGGGCGACUUCUUUUUGUGUGGCUUUUCCUCUGGCUGUUGGCAAGCCCCACUUGCAAGUACCAUCUAGAGCCCCACAAUGUGUCUUUGGCUACACCACAAACUCUGGUUACAAAGCAUAUGUUAUACUUAUUGUAUUAAUAUUUUUUUUUAUCCCUUUUAUGGUAAUGCUGUAUUCUUUCAUGGGCAUACUGAACACUGUGCGCCACAAUGCAGUUCGCAUUCAUAGCCAUCCUGACAGCAUAUGCCUCAGCCAGGCUAGCAAGCUAGGUCUUAUGAGCCUACAAAAGCCCUUUCAAAUGAAUAUAGAUAUCAGCUUUAAAACUCGUGCCUUCACAACAAUUUUGGUUUUGUUUAUUGUCUUUAUAUUGUGCUGGGCGCCAUUCACUACGUACAGCUUGGUUGCUACAUUUAACAGUGACUUUUACAACAAGCACAACUUUUUUGAGAUAAGCACGUGGCUACUUUGGCUAUGCUACCUCAAAUCUGCACUAAACCCAAUUAUUUACUACUGGAGGAUAAAGAAAUUCCGUGACGCUUGCUUGGAUUUUAUGCCCAAGUACUUUAAGUUUUUGCCGCAGUUACCUGGCCAUACGAGAAGACGUAUUCGGCCUAGUGCCAUAUAUGUGUGUGGAGAAAACAGAUCUGUAGUGUGAAAACAUUGGCUAUCAUUUUCUGGGUGAAUGCAAUUUAAAGUUGUGUGUGUUUUGACAUAUUUCCUAAGUGAGUAAUAUGUUAUUUACCACAAUAUGUAAAUUAAAAA